AUGAAUAAAAUUGAUAAGUUGUUGUUAGAGAUCCAAGAUGAAAACGAUUUGCUACAGAGUAUGGAUCUGGAUGCGAAUGGAGUCAAGAUCCAGCCUGAGCAUCUAUUCGAUAUUGACACUUCUACUUUCAACGACAUCAAAAAACUUAUAGAAAAACUGAGGAAGAUUGUGAAUUGGGAUAAUAGCAAAACAGAAAAAAUUAUUGAAACUUUAGACCACAAAGAUAGGGAUAGAAUAACCUGGACUGAAUUUUUAGAAUGGUUUUCUAACGAGGGUAAAGUCCGAGAGAAGAUUCAUAAUGCUGGUUUGUUUCACAGUGGCUUGACAAGGAUAGUGGAGGACAUUAAUCUUGGAUAUAGCGGGGAGAACCAAAGCAAACCACAUGGAGCAGAGUUCAGAUUAAGUUAAAGAAGAACCGAGUACAGAGUAGAGAGCAUUCAUUAUAUCGAGGUCAAAGGAGGAAAGAAUUCGUUGAGGAUUGUACUUUGCAUCUUCGAAAACAAGGUAGCCUAAUUCUUUGACAUCAGAAGAUUCAAACUAACUAAAGCCAACACUUUCAUUAAUAAGUCUGAGAUAGCCUCCCCAUCCACAAUAAUCUAAUCUCAAACAGAGUCUAACUUCAGGUCAAGACUCCUUAAAUAAGCUAAUACAACCAUAAAGGCAUCAAAACUUAGAUUUAAUGCAACAGAUAGCAACAUUAAUGAAAGAGGGUAUUAAACAAGUUAAAUUGGAAAUUUUAAAAAUAAUAGACUUAUUAAUAAAGUGUAUUAAAGUGUAAACGACUAAUCUUAAUCACCAGAUAAGUAAUCAAUUGAAUCUUCAUCAAUAAACAUGAAUAAAACCUUCUUUGUUAGCAGAAACAGCAAGAUUAAUGACUAAUUUUUUAAGAUGUAGACUUUGACUAGCAAUCCAAACUAAUCUAGAAAUAUGACUGCUAAUAGUCAAAGAAGGGCGUUUCAAACUCCUUCACAGAAAAGAUCUGGCUAAAAAAACAAGAACUUCGGUAUUCUUGGGUUGACUCCAAUUGAUGAUCUUAAUUCUCUUGAAUUUUUCAGUAAAAGUAAAGAUAUCACAAAAAUUUUAAACUCUGAACCCUAACCACUCAAUGAAAGAACUUUUGAUGCCUAGGUGGCUAAGCAGAAAAACAGUGAGAUCAUGAAAAAUUUGGAGUUUCAAAGAUUUACAAAGGACCUCAAAAAAAUAUAGCUUAGAUCGACAACUAGAAACGACACCUAAGAAGAAGUCAAAGAUAAAAAUGAAGCUCCUAUGGAGGCUUUGAGAUCCUUUAUGAAUCCAUUAGCCAGCUAGUAAUCAAUGAGACCAAAGAGCAAGGGAGGCUAAAUAGGAGCAUUUGGAGAUCAAGUUCCCCCAAAUAUUAAGACAUUAAUGGCAAGACACAAUACGAAGUAGCAUGUCUAAAGUUAUUUCUAGCAAAUGAUUAAGAAAAGAAUGAACUAAUUUGACCCAGAAGAAUAUGAAGCUUAAAAUGAUGUUAGGAAAAAAACAGAAAGAUUGUAGACCAAGGUGUUUUCUACCAAGAAUAAAAUUGAUGAUCUUACAGAUUUAGUCAGUGACAAGAUAAACAUAAAAUCUUUAAAGAUCAAAUAAGAUUCUAAAAUAGUGAUUCCAACUCAAGAGUUAUCAAUAUCUGAUAAGGUAUUGGUAUUUAAGCAAACAGGACAGAACUAGUCUUCUAAAAAGAAGCCUUAUCUAAUUACAGCUUAUUUUCAUCCAAGUACCUAAUUACUGAUUUUCUCCUUGAUAGAUUGUGAGAAUAAAUUUUUUUCUUUGAAAUAAUCUAGAAAAGACUCUUUAAUAGUAGAAGAGCAUUAAAAAUCCUAUUUCACCCCAUUUAUUUGCACAUCUAUCACAAUUGAGAGACAUAAAGUAUCUAAAGAUUUAAUUGGAUGCUUUGCUGGCGUAUCUCAGUUUGAAAUCGUUUUAAUUGAUUAAGAUACAAGUAAGUUUGGGAAAAUUGUAUUCAAACAUUAGAUCUAGUCUGGUUUAGGACCCAUAACAAAUGUACUUUAUAAUGAAGAUAGUGGCCUAAUACUUACAACCUUUGAUGGAGUUGUACAAAACUAUGAUGCAAUGGAGUUCAAAUUGGUAUGGGACUACAAUGAACAUCAUUUGACUUUCCUUGAGAAGACCACAAUCACAGUCUGCGCAUACUCUAAUCAAUUAGGUUUUUUAUGCACAGGAGGUGUAGAUGGGAAACUAUAGAUGUUUGACCAAUCAGCUAAAAUAAAAAUUUCUUAGGCUUAGAAACAUUAAAAUGAGAUUAUAUUCCUGCAUUUUUAUGAUAGACACUUCUAACUUAUUUCGAUUUCAAAAGACAAGUAGAUAAGUCUUUGGGACGCUAACAAAUUAGAAUGCAUAUAAAUCAUCAAAGACCUAGCCUAUCCCAGUUUGACAUUUACUUCAGCUUGUUUCGGACCCAAGAUAGACAAAUUGUAUGUAGUAAAUAGAAUUGCAAAGGUAUUUAAGAUGAAGAUUAAUGAAAGAGUAGAAUUGCAAGUUCUCUAAACGCAGGCUUUAAUAAAUCAGAAGGACAAUGAACCAUUAAGUCGUAAAAGCAUAAGUUAUGAAGAAGUAAUUCACGAGGAGGGCUUAAUAAAUUAAGUUAAAAUGGCAACAAAAAACAAAUACGAAUAAACUAAAAGGCAAAUACAUAAAUAGAGAAGGUCGGGAAUCCCUGGUAACGUGCUUGUUUCAGACAGCUCUUUCCUAGUCUCAGUAUUCCUUUAACCCCAGAAAAAUGCACUAAUUACAAUUGAUUCAGAUUACAUGAUGAAGUCGUGGUAUUUGGAAACUGGUGAAAUUGAUAAAACACUCUUAAUCAAGAAAGACAAACCAUUAUUUAAAAAUAUAGACGCUAAACUUUAAAAUUCAAAUUAAGCCAAGCUUGAUUAUGCUUGCUUCAAUGAAUUAGAUCCUUCUCAGCUAGUAGUUUGUGAUGAUGAUGGAAACGUGACUGUUAAUAACCUAUACUCUGGGACUAUAAUAUUCAAACUAACAUAAGAAGAGAGUUAAUACUAGUUUAUCCAGAUGAAAUUCCUAAAGGGAACAAGCAAUCUUUAUCUUUGCGCCACUACCUAGAUAGGCCAAGUGCUAUUUUUUACCAAACCACUUCCUAGUAGCAUGCUAAAUCCAAAGUCAUCAAGGGGAACUAAUUCAGAAUAAUAUAUGAGUUAGAUUCUGGUUAAGAAUAAUGUCCAUCAAGGAGAUCUCUAUGCAAUAACUUCUAAUGAGACAUAUAUUGCAAUAGGUGGAAUGGAUAAUAAAAUUUCAUACUGGUCUGCAUUUACAGGUUCUUUCAAAAGCUAUACAAAAUUACCAACGUGCCAAGAUGAACUUAUAAAUACUUCUCAUGAGAAUAGAGAGACCUAUAUUGUGGGUCUCUAGUUCUUGAACCUUCACAACAAUAUAAUAUUAGCAAUUUAAAACACUGGAGAUGUUCACAUAGCCCAUCCAGCAAGUUCAAAAGUUCUUAAGACCUAUGCUUUUAAGACAGUUUCCAAUAGCUUCAUGGCUGUUAAUGAGGGCAUUGAAGAUUCAUUGGUAGUUGCGAGUGAUAGUGGUAUUGUCGAAACUUAUAAAAUAUUUGAAGGAAUAGAGAUAGGCCCUAUGCAUUAGACAAUCUAACGAAAUCAAGUGAGAUUUCAAAAUAGUAAUGCGAAGACUAUGACUAAUAAGAUGCAAAGCUUUGGAAACUAGAAAAAUAAAAAUGACUCCUCAAUUUUAGAAGACAUCUUUGAGCGAGAUGAAUAAGAUAUUAAUAAUAAUAAAGAGUCCAGGGUCAAAGAUUACUUCAACUUUAAUUUGAAUACUCAAGAUUAGUCAAGCAAGAAUGUUAACGAAUUUAAUAGCAGCAGUAACAAUAACAACAGCAAUAAACUUCAAGAAAUCAGAACUAGAUUCACCAAAAUUAACAGAUGGAAGGCUCAUUUAGUGGAUAUGAGAUAAGGGGAUUAAGUGAUAAAAGUUAUUUUAAUAAGAUAUCUAUGCUUAACGUCUACUGCCAAAGGUGAAGUGAAAUUAUGGAAUUUGUAGGUACACUGGCAGCAGCAUAAAAUUUAGCAGCUUUUGGAAGAUAAGUUAAAUACUCAAGAUAAAAUUUGA